AUGUUACCCACUUUGGGAAAAAAAAAAGAAAAAAAGGGCUAAAUCGCUCCAUUUUAAGGCAGUACCUUUUAUGGCAUUUUGAAUUCCCAUUUUACCACUUUGUAUGCCAUCUUCAGCCCAACUGUGUUUGCAAUUUUUUUCGUGCCCACGCGAACGCUUAAAAAGGCGACGUGGUCCUAGGGGGAGCGGAAAACUCUCUGCACGUUUGGUUGUUAGCCCAACUUAUGGGGGUACAUCUCGUUCGCGGAGACGGGGAAUCCAUUUUGUUAACCAUUCUGGGAACCUGCCAAUAGGAGGAGCGGUUACCUACCCAGCAGGAACGACUACCUGCCAGUUGGGAUUUACCCAUAUGGUAGUUCUUCACCACGUGGGGAUUGCAACUCCGAAGCAGAGCCAUCCGUGAGAACGCUCCCCCAAGUGGAGGAGGCUCUCCAAAAAAGGAGAACCUUCUGGGUGCCCCAUUUAGUUUAUUCACUGGACGAAUCUACAUCGUAGCAUGGUAAAAUUUGCCGAGGAAAAAAGUGAAGCUCAUUAGUGGGAGGUAACUGCCGGGAAGAGGAGAAGGAGCUUCACUUUGCAGUUGCGGAGGGGUUGCCUUUGUGAGGGGGACCUUUGUGAGGAUAACCCACAGGGGAAUAACCUUUUUGGGAAUACCCCACUGGAGAAUAACCUUUUUGGGAAUAUACCCCCCGGGUGACCCCCCCUUCUCUACCGCUACCCUCCACCACCAAAUGGGGAGGCACAAGGCGUACGUGAGCCGGGAGUUCCGGCCGAAUACCUUCCGAGGGGAGACCAAAGAGCAGGAGAAGGCGAGGAUAGGAGAGUUAAACCAACUGGAAGAGGAGCUAGCCAAAAACGAGUACACGAGCAAGCUGCACAAGGAGUUGCUUCUGCAAAACGGCAGCUUUGACAAAGAGGCAAAGAUACUGAAGCUACACAUGGGGGGAAAUCUAAUCAAAAACAAGCCCAUACUGAGCAGGAAAAAUGUGGCCUAUCUUAGUAGCGAAAGUGGAAUCCUCCUGAUAGAUUUAAAAAAAAAAAAAAAAAAAAAAAUACUCACCUCCUUCUUUAUAGAUGCCAUGUUUUAUUUUCUAGACAAAAAAACGAAACAAGAAUAUUUAAUUUUGAAAUCGUUCAGUAAUUACAUCUACCUCUAUCUGAUUAGUGAAAGGAGAUUCCUUUUUGUGAAAAAGUUUUUUAUUAAAAAUUUGUUUUAUAUAAACAGCUUUGGGAAAAAUGGCGAGCUUUGCUUCGCUACGUGGGAGUUUGAUCCGAAGGGCAAAAAGAUGUUCAUGAAUUUUUACCUCCUCAGAUUUGCCUUCAACUAUGAGGCUCCGCUGGGUUGCCUAAAUGGGGAAGCGGCGCAGGUGGGUGAGCAGAGGGGUGAGCAAAGCGAGUGCUGCCCGCCCACCCACGUGACGUACACGUUUUCCUCCGACUCGGAGGGCGCCUUCGACAAGGAGGUAUUCCCGCGCGAGUUGAUGGUGAGCAGCUCGGACGGGGAGGAGGGGGCGCGCGGAAAGUUGCAGGCGCGGGGAAAGAUGCAGGCGCGGGGAAAGAUGCAGGCGAGCGGCGCGCAGGGUGGCAGCAGGUAUGGAAGUCAAGCCAACGGGUGUGGAAGCCAAGCCAACGGGUAUGGAGGCCAAGCCAACGGGUAUGGAGGCCAAGCCAACGGGUAUGGAGGCCAAGCCAGCGGGUAUAGAAGCCACACCGAUGGGUAUGGAAGCCCCAACAGACGAAGCGACCCUGUGCACGUCGGCGCGAAGGUGAUCAUCAUGCCACUGGUGAAAAUAAAAUAUGUGUACUUCUCCAUGGUUGAUAUGAACCCAAGCCUCACCAAGCUGGUGCUAGCCAACAACAACAUGGUGAUUCUAUACGACACGGUGAAGAGGAGGUACAGCCUGCUGUACUUUAGGCACUUCAUUUCGUCUGUAAAGAUAAGCGAUGAGAACUUCCUUUGCGUUGGGUUCGUAAACGGAUUUAUAAACAUUUUUCUGUUCGAUAAGGUGACGGAGGGUGAGGGUAGUCGGGAGGACUUGUUGAGGUGCAAGGCCAUCGUGGGGGAGGCAGAAGCCGCUGGAGAGGGGAAGCACCCCCCGCGGAGGCGCAAGUUGAUGUCCCUGUUGAAGAGGAUCGAGGACGCCUACCCGUACGUCCCCGGGUAUGAAGUGGCCUACCACGGGGGGGGUGCGCAGAGCGGUGAGGGGAGCGGUGAGGGGAGCGGCGUCAUGGGCGGAGAGCUACACGGAGAGGUAUGCGGCGAGCCACGCAGCGAUCUACCCGGCGGAGGUGUGCCCUACAUCGACUUCCACCUGAGGAGAGACAAAAUCGUGGACGUGCAGAAGGCGCACGUGGUGAAGUACAAGUGGCACAGCCACGCAGUCUACAACAUGACCAUCGAGGGGAGGAAAGUAAUAUCCUGCGGAGAGGAAGCCGUUGUUCUUAUAUACGACAUUGACAGUGGCACCACAGAGUUCAUCCCCCAUCUGGGCUCCCCCUGUUACUACACCUACGUGAAUAGGAAGAAAAACUUAAUCAUCUGCAACUCGCUUAGUAACGUAGUACACUUCAUCAGUUAUAAUCACCGAUUGUUCUUUUACACUCAUGUCGGUCUGCACAUGCCACUCUCCUUGAGACACCUCUUUUGGAACUACCCCACUGUGUAUGAGAGUAUAAAAAGUAGCGUUAAAUUUUUUGAAGGCCAGAUUUGCAGCUCUUAUGAUUACUCCCUGGGGGGGGGCGUCCUCAGCGGGGAUGCCUCAACCAAUUUCGUGGCGAAUUGUGAGGAGAGCGAAAUUGACAGCGAGGGGUCGAGCAGCGACUGCAUGGAGAGUAGUGAUCCCGGGGAGGACCUCGAGGAGGGGACCACUUCGGGGGAGCAGCCCCAGGGAAGCCUCCGAGGAAGCGACCUUCGCUCGAGGGUGAGCGAGCGAGAGGGCGACCCCCUGGCGGUUCCCGACGAGGGGAUAGAACUGACGUCCAGUGGGGAGGACGAGCAGGGGGGGGCUAACUCCACCGCGGACGGAACGGAAAAGGGGAAAGUCAAAGCCGUCUUAACCUUCCAGCAAAUUCAGGAAGAAAUCGAACGAAGCAUUUACAACCAUACGAAUGUGCAGAAUAAUCUUUACAGGAAAUAUCAAAUGCAAUUUUACUGUGACUCCAACAGGGGGCUGGUCUUCUCCUUCCUGACGUCGUUCACCAACGUGCAGCUGUACAAUGUGGAGAGAGACAAGCACGUAAAGUUCGUGUGCCCCUUAGAGGUGACUUACAAGAGCAGGUCCUGCGUUGAAAAGGUAAACGAUUUGGAACUCCUUUUCUUCGCCUUCACGCAGAGUAGGCACUUACUUAUGACCAUCGAGAGGAGGAACUACCAACUGGAGGAGGCCUCGGGGAUCAACGCCAACGCGUUGGUGGAGACUCUGUAUACGUUUAAAAUUUGGAGGAUCAUGGGCAACGCGCUGGACUACGAGCCUGUGUAUGAGCACGCCGUCACGGGUGGUCAGGUGGGAGAAGCACAGGGAAGGAGUGGUGCAGGGGAGCCCCUAAACAGUGGCGCAAAGGAGCACCCACCAGUUAAUGGCGCAGGGGAGCCCCUAAACAGUGAUGAAGUGCCGCCCCCACGGGAUGAGGGGGAACCCCACCUGGAGAAGUACAAAGCGAUCGUGAGUCACCCCUUCCUGAGCAUGUUCCUCGUGCUGGAGUGCGGCGGGGAUAUGACUGUUUGGUGCCUGGAGAGGAGCGAGCGCAUUUUCGAGGACAGCGUGUACGCGGACUACGAGGUGGACGUGUACCAGACGCAGGACAACAGCUACUACUACAGGGAGGUGCGCCGGCUGAACCAUGGGGUUAGCGUGUACGGGGGGGAGGCCAUCCGGGGGGAGGCCAUCCGGGGGGAGGCCAUCCGGGGGGAGGCCAACGAAGGGGAGGUCAACCAAGGCGAUCCCAACGAUGGGGAUGCCAACCAAGGGGAUGCCUGCCAAAGCGUCACCAUCAUUAAGCGAGUAAACCACAAGAACCACCCCAUCUUGGGAGGAGACAUAACCAGCGACGGGAAAAUCCUCUGCAUCUGCCACGACAAGUUAAUAACCCUCUGGGACACAACCACACUGAGAGUAAUGGCCGUAAUCAGCCACGCCAUUUACACGGGCCUGAAUGAAUCCCUCUUUAGGCUUUACAAAGGAGUAGAAAUAAUGCAAAUGGACACGGGCAAAGGAGAGGCCAAGGGACAUGUGCCACACAUGUGCUUCUUCGCAUUUGAUAGCAUCUUCAUUUAUUCGCUGCAUGAGUUCCACUUGGUCUUAGAAAAAAAAAUAAAGAACGGAAUCAUCGAGUAUGUGAAGUUUGACCGGCACAACUGCAGGUUCGUCGCCAUUGGAGUUGCGAAGAGGCUCAGGGGGGGGAGCGGCAAACCCGGCCGCCUACCACCCGGCGGCCGACCCGGUGACAUCAUACAGAAGAACUACCUGUACGAAUUCACCUCCAACGUGCUGAAGAAGAGGAAGAUGUUCUACUCGUCCAGGGACAGGCCAAUCGUGGCCCUGGACUUUGCUCCCCUCAACGAGAGGAAGAACGUCUCCCUCAGCAGCUUCCAGCCGUCCACGUUGCUGGUCGCCCUCAACUCAAAGUUCCAGGUGUGCACCUUCUACGUCAACAACUACGCCGAGUUUAUGCAGCUCUCGUGA